AUGAGCCUCUUCCUGGAGAACCCCUUCCGGGAUGUGUGCAUUAGGCCAGUGGUGACCGCUCCAUUUCUGCCUGAGAAGAAAGGCAGCGCGGCUGAGAUGCUGGAGACGCUGGAGGUCCGAGAGCGCACGAGUACCAGCGCUACCUCGCCGGAGCCUAGGCGCUUUGCUUGGGACCACGGGCCUCCAGACCGCCGAGCCUCGCGGAUAGGACAGCGGGAUUCGCGCGUGCCCUUGGUCGCCCUCGUCGUCCGCCCAAACCGGAAGCGGCGCUCCGUGGCCCGGAAGCAGCGCCGCGAGGUCCAAGAUGAGCUCAUGGAUAGUCCCGCCUCCAAGAAGCAGGCGCGCUCCGGCACCAGCGGGACGCCACGCCGGAAGAAGGGACGCCGCGGGGCAGACAAGGCUCAUGGCUUCAACCUGGAAGAUCUCACGGCUGCCCGCGCCUGGGAGAAGCUCAAAUCCUUGGCCUCCUUGUGCCCAGCACCGGAGAGUUGCGUGGAGACGGCGCUGGUGGUUAAGGAUCGGAUUGAGGGCCGUUACUGCAUGGAGGCGAUCGACUCCGAACGCUUGCAUUCCAGCAGGAUCCAGGCGAGCAAAGAGGUGGUGUGCUGGGGAGCAGGCGACUUCGGCCAGCUGGGUGACAACCAAGCCCGCUCCAGCCACACGCCCGUGCGGGUGCAAGGUCUGGGCCCCUCCCUGGUGGUCACUGCUGGUGGCCUCCACUCGUGUGCCGUGGAAGUGUCUGGACGCGCCAAGUGCUGGGGCAAGGGUGAGGAUGGCCAGUUAGGCUUCGGCGGCCGCUCCCGCCGCCACGACGCGCGCCCUGUGGCGCAGCUGGGCGUCGCGCUGGACGUGCGCGCGGGGGGAUCGCAUACCUGCGCGCUGGAGGCGGGCGGCGCCGUGCGCUGCUGGGGCUGGGGCGAGUUUGGGCAGCUGGGCAAUGGGCGGACACGGGAUUCGCUCUACCCGCUCCGGGUCCAGCACUUGGACAGCGCCAUCGCGAUUUGUUCGGGUGGCUUACAUAGCUGCGCCGUGGAAACUGGUGGCUCCGUGAAGUGUUGGGGCUGGGGCGAGCGCGGGCAAUUGGGAUCCUUCAAUGGCACACAGAGAUCGAGUAGCCCUUUUCCCGUGGAGAUCGAGGGGAUCGAGGAUGCGAUUGACGUGGCUUGUGGAUACCAACACUCCUGCGCCAUGAGCCAGAACACCACUGUUUGCUGGGGCGAUGGCAUUGACCGUCAGUUGCAGCGCCAUGAUGAGAUUUGGGCCAAGACCACACGGAGGAUCAUGCGGCUGAACGAAAUUCUGGAGCUCACAGCGCCGAUGCCCACUGAGCCCAUGAAAUCCGUUUGGUGA